AUGGCCAGUACUCAGGCUUUUCUGCCACUACUCUCCUUUCCGUAUCCAUAUGACAGUUCGUCUUUUAUUACCCCACCACCACCUGGUUACCCAUCCUUCCAGCAGACACAGAUGCCCCAAUCCUUCCAUCAGACACAUGUGCCCCCAUCCUUUCGGCAGAUCGGAGGAUUUGGUUUUCCACCUCCCACACAGAUUAGUCCCUCAUCUUUUCAGCAGACUGGAGGAUCUAGUUUUCCAUCUCCCACACAGAUUAGUCCCUCAUCUUUCCAGCAGACUGGAGGAUCUAGUUUUCCACCUUCCACACAGACUGGUCCCACCCCACCAUCUUUCCAGCAGACUGGAGGAUCUAGUUUUCCACCUCCCACAAAGACUGGUCCCACCCCACAUCCCCCACAUGUGCCCCCACAGGAUGAUGAUCAGGCGGAGGAUGAGGCUGCGGAUGAUGAGUUGGAUGGGAGCGAUCUUCGAGGGGAUGAUGAUCCGAAUUCACGCCGAGUCGAACUGCUGCCAAAUUUAUAA